AUGUUCACUGGAACCUUUCGAACUAGUGAACAACCUGUUCGUUUUGUUCUUGAGAAUGUAUAUUUAAAUGAGCUUCAUGCUCUGAGGCGCUUUGAAAUCAGUAACAUUUCACAGUAUACAAUACUUGUAAAAUUACGAUCAAACCUUGGAUCCCAGAUAGCCUUUCAACUUUCCAACGAAAAUCUUCCAGAUCUAGACUCUCGUGAUGCUUGUUCGCCUGAUUUACCAACUAGUUUAUCUGAGAAUCCUUUAACAAAUAUUACGACAAAUACUGUAGCUGCUGCUGCAUUUGGUGCCUUCUGUGACAAUGUUAAUGGUUAUAAAUUCAAUCAGCUUUUCAAUUAUGUUAAUCAUAUCGAUGAAGUUGAAAUUCCUCCAAGCUCUUCUCAAAAAGUCAUAUUAGCCUUCUUACCCGAACCUCUUUAUAAAGCUCAAAGAUCAGAAAUGAAUCAUUCUUCUGAAUUACAAUCAACCGAUAAUGUCACUGGGCCAACAACUUCUGACAAUAAUCAAGAUGACACUGAAGAAACAACAGGAGACUCAAACAUUUUUGCCACUUCAACAGAAGACGAAACUUAUGAUUUUUUUGAAGUCAAUGGACUUUUAUUCUUUUUUGUAUAUAUUAUAGAUAAUAUUAAUAGUGACAUAGAUAAUUCUUCUAAGCAUAAUGAAACGCAAAAUUUAAUUUCAAAUCGCACCUCAUCACCAUCUAUAAAUGUGACAUAUUAUUCCGAAAAUGAUCAAGUUAAUAAUUUAAACAAAAUUAUUAUUGACAAUUCAAUUUAUCGUGAUGUCGAUAAUAUCAGUAAUACAAAUAAAGCAGAUUAUCAGGUCACCAUAAAAUUUCAUUCAACUGUUUGUAAAUCAGUAUUAUGGACAGAUGUUGGAGAGACAGGAAUUAAUUUUGAUGACUGUGUGAAUGGUGGCACCUACUUCAAAGAUUUUACAAUUUGGAAUAGAUCAGAAAUCGAGUUAUAUUGGCUUUUAAACACUGUGGAUCUAACAAAUUCAAAAAGUGAAGAUAUGUUGAAAUUUACAGAUUAUGAUACUGGUGAACCAUUAGAUUCCAAACCAAUACCAAGUUACUCUCAUAGAAGAAUUAGAGUCACUUUUCGACCUAAAGAGAUUGGAGAAUUUAGUUAUGAUCUGCAAUUGGAAAAUGCUAACGAUCCAUCUAAUGUUUUGCAGAGUAGAAUCCAUGCUGUUGUAAGAUCAGUAUUAAGAGAAGAACUAUUAGUUGUAAGUAGUGUAAAUAAUAUUCUUGAUUUUGGUGACUGUUGUGCAGGAGUAUGGAGUAAACAGCAAUUGGUUUUAAAGAAUGUCAGUGAAGUACCAUUAGAAAUUCAUUUUGGAGCAGAGAAUGCAGAAGUUCAAUUUCAUCUAAAAACAGAUGAUUUAAUAAUAAAUUAUAAUAGAUUUGAUAUUGAUGAAUCUAGAACAUCUUACCAUCAAAUAACUGGUAUUGAUGUUUCUUCACCAACAAACACCCUUAUCAACACAAGUUCAACAAGUGAAAUAUCACGUGCUGGUAGUGAGAUAAGUUCUCGCACCACUUCACCUACUCCUCCCAUUCAAGAAAGUGACAAAUUUGAUUCAUCUUCGGGAAUUUCUUCUUUAUUAAUUAAUAACCAACUUAAAUUUCAAACAUCAGGGUUAAUAAAUAGAAGUUUUGAGAAUAGUAUAAAUGAUUCAGAUUUAGAACCAUUUGUAAAUAAUUCAUUAAUUAAUGAACAAUCGAUCAAAGGGUUAUCAGACAAUUAUGAGUUAUAUCCAGAUAGUCCAGAUGGAUUGGCACAAAUAGAAGAAGUUGUAUUUGGGCCAGGAAAAGAAAGCACUGUUCAAGUUUCUUACCGUCCAGAAAAAGAUGCCUCAGCAAACAAUUACAAGGCAGGCAUUCUGACUCGCCGUACAUUUCGUAUUAUAUUAAAAUAUUCACCUCUGAAUUUAGCAUCAACCAGCUUGAGUUCAAAUGAGCAAGAAAGAAAAAUUAUUCAAUGUAGGGCUCGUAGUUGUACCUCUUUUGUCAAAGUUAGCCCAAAAGAAGUGAAUUUUGGUGACACUGAUGUAGGCACACUUAAAUCCAUCCCAAUUACCAUUUAUAAUUUAUCUGAAUUAACAGCUAGAGUCAAAUUAGAAUUUGUUUCCAAGGUGUUAAAUUGCAUCAGGAAUGAAAUAGUUAUUCCUCCAAAACUUUCAACAGAAAUUAAACUUGAUAUGUAUCCCAGGAAAGUUAAUGUUGAUUACCGCAAACAAAUAACUGUUGUUAAUUUACAAAAUCGUGAUAAUGAUCAAAUCAUUGAAGUACAUAGUACAAAUAUUGAUAAAAACCGUGUCACUUUCCAUUCCUUGUUCUAUCGAAUUUUAACAUCUACUGGAAGCAACUUUAUUGAUUUCGGAACAACUGUUGUCAAUUCACCAAAUAUCCGUACAUUUACCAUUGACAAUAUCAGCACAAAAAAAUUGAUUUUAGAGAUAACAUCAUCAUGGCCCGAAGAAAUACUAAUUUAUCAAAAACAUCCAAAGGCCGAGGAAUUGUCUCAAACAAUUAACCCGUUAUUAGACAAUAUAAAUGAUGAAGACAUUGUUAAUGGAAAUAUUGAAUCAGAAACAUCUAGAUCCAAACUAGAAAGACGAGAAAAACUUUUAGAAUCAAUAAGAGAUCGGCGAUUGUCAAAAAAACAUCAUAUCAACAACAUUGAAACAACAUCAACUAGUGGAAUUUCCUUAACAAAUACUUUAGUUGAUGAAUUUCAUAGUGUUGUUUCUAACAAAAGACAUGCAUCACAUGCUUUUUUAGAUAAUUCUAUAACAGAUAUAUCAUCUUCAUCCAGUGCUGCUUAUUUGGAUUUAGCAGGAUCACCAAAUUUAGAUCCAAAACAUUCCCCAAGAAAGAGACCAUUAAAAACCUCAUUAAGUAAAACAAGUGGAAUGGGAGUCAAUAAUACAAUAGAGAGAAUCAACAAGAAUAUAAAUCCAGUUAUGACUAAUUCAAUAAGUUCAACUGCUAUUAGUUUUUACAAAAAAAAUUCAAUCAAUACUACAACUCAUCUCAUUAGAAAUUCUGGCUUCAACUUAAAUGAAAAUAACGUAGCUGAUACAACCAAGGAAAAUACUGAAGGAUUGCAAUACAAAGAGUCAAAUAAUAAUAAUAUUGGGGGAAUUGUAUCAUCAGCAACUCACUCAAAAGUACCUCCUGACUCUUCAAGAUUUUCAUGCAUGACUUUAGAUACAUUGAUUAGUACACUUGAAACUAACAAUCCUACAUCACCACUACUGUUUCCAAAAUCAACUGCAGAAGAGGCACAUGUACGUAGACACAUUGAAUUACUUUUGGAAUUAGAAAAGCGAAUCAGAGACCAACAAUUGGUAUCAGUUAGGAUGGUGGAAAUUUCACCUUCUAGUGAAUGUCAGAUAAUUGUUAUUUCCACACCAAAAAGUCACAUUAGGAGUAAUGUACAAGGAUCUCCAAAGAAAUAUGAUGCCAAAGUAUUCUUACGUUUAAUUGACUUUGAUCGAGAGAUCCAACAACCUCAGUUUGAAAGUUUGUUGCAUGGUGACCAAUCUCAAAUUCCUGUAAGAGAACUCAUGGUCAAUGUUACUUUGUGUCAAUCUAUCAUGGAUUUGGGGCAAAAGAACAUAAACUUUGGAAAUAUUGAUAAGCAUGAACGUCGUAAAAAAACUAUUAUUAUACAAAAUAGAAGUGAAAUUCCUUUGUUGUAUAAUAUUCGCAAAUCUGGAUCGAUUGCUUCUGGUGACAUUGUAUUUAGAGUUGGAAAGUCUGGUGUUGUUCGUGGAUAUGGUAAAAAGGAAGUAGAAUUCACUUUUAAUCCAAGUCUUGCAGGCCAAUUUCAUGAAAAACUCAUGAUUGAAAAUGUCCAAGAUCGUGAUAAUAAUCAAGUUCUUUCAUUAAAAGCAAUUGUUCGCAAACAAUCAAACUUUACCAUUCAACCUUUAAAUAUAAAUUUUGGUGUUUGCUUGAUCAAUGAAAGUUGUACACAAGUUCAACAAAUUACUAUCUGCAAUACAAAUAAACAGUCAAGAAUGUUUGAAGUUCGGGUAGAUCCGCUUGAACUCAAAUUUAGUUGGUUUAUUGCAGAGUUGAAUUUUUUUGUUCCUGAAGAAAAAGAUGGAAAUUCUAAUGUCACAGGUAUAAUUAGCAAAGAGAUGGAAGAAGAAAUAGAAAGUUUGGAACAAAAGGUUAAAAUUGCUAGGCGUAAAGGUCACGAAGAAAAGGUUAAAAAGUUAGAGAAAAAACUUGCCAACUUACGAAGAGGAGAAGCAGGCGGAGAGAUUAUUUAUGAAAAUGAACCUUUAGAUAAUGAUGAUAUUAGAUCCUUAAAUGACUCAAAAGAAGAAAGAAUUGGAAUAUUUCAUGAUGGCAAAUCAACAUCUUCUGAAGAAAUCCCUGGUAUUGAUAGUGCAACUAUGACUAAUAGAAAAUUAUUUCAUGCUGAAAAUUUUUUAGAAAAGCAGUAUAGUCGAACAUCUAAUAACAAUAGCAAUGUUGGUCAAGCGAAAGAAGCAAAUAAAUAUAAGAAAACCUCUUCAUCAAUUAUUUUUUCAAUUAAUUCAAGGUCAUCAAAAACGAUUUCUGUUUAUUUUCGAGCCAUUAGAAUCAAUGUACAAACUGAAUUUGAUGACUCAUUGGAUGCGGAUCAAAUUUCUCAAGAAAUCAUUAAUGGUCGUAUAUUUGUUCAUGAAUAUAAAAAUACGGAUGUUACUAAGCAUGUUAAUUUCAAAGCUGUAGUUUGUAAUGACCAUUCUAGAACAGUUUUUAACUCAACCAAUGAAGCAGUCGAUUUAGAAUUUCCUGGAAAAGGAAAAGUUACUUCUUCAUCAUCAUUGUCGAUGUUACAACAGGGACAAUCUCAUUUGAUUAGCUCUCCUGCUUUGCAAGGGUUUGAUACCACUUCAACAGCAUUUACCAAUAUAUCACCAGUUAUCGAAUUGCCUCAAUUUCAAUUAUCUGAACAUAUUGGGCUAGAAAUUCAAAAUCUAUUAUUGGAACCCAAAGUUCUUGAUAUUGGAAGGCUUGAAAUUAAUCAAAGUCACAAUUAUUAUUUUAAAUUAUUUAAUAAAAGUGAUACCACCCUGAAAUAUGAAAUUAUUAUACCAGAAAAAGAACAAGGGUUUUUUUUCUUUGAGAAAAUCAUUGAUAGUUUAUCACCAAAUGACAUUCGUCGUGUAGAUUUUACUGUGAUUGCAAAUUCAGUUGGACAUCAAGCACAUUCAUUAAUUAUUCAUAAUUGUGUUACCAAUUCUGAGCUUAGUUUUACUUUACAUGGCUAUGUACAUUAUCCUCGAUAUUUGAGAUUUCCCUCACUUGGUGAUGAUGGGCAAUCUGUUUUAAAUUUAGGAUACUGUUAUGUGGAUCCUGGCAGGAAAUUUUCGCAAGUAGCACCUUUGAUAGUGGAAAAUAUUACUGAAGAUGAUGUUUACAUAACCUGUCAAAGUAAUUUAUCAUUACAAGUUUCAGUAUUUCUUGAUGAAAACGGAGAAAAAGGUCAAGUUGUGGAAACUUUACUAAAAAAAAAAUCCAUGAUGACAGUUUGGGUGGCCCUACAACCUAAUUUACUUGGCGGUAUUCCUACUACUAGUAGAAGGACCUCUUCUAUCAAUGCCAACAAUACAGGAAGUUUGCAAUCCGUAACAGGAACUACAAAUUUGUCUGAUCGAAAUGCAAUAGCUAAUGGUGAAUGUCGAGUAUUGAUUGGUGGAAUAAAAUUUUCAGUUCAAGUUUUAGAGGGCAUCCCUUCAAUUUCACCAAGCGCUAAUUUUGCGCAGGAUAUAAAAGGUCAAGAGAACAAAACAGAGUCAUAUACUGUGAUUACUCAAACAGUUAAAUUUACUUCUUUAAUUGGCCUAUCCACACUUUCAGUAUCAAAAACUUUAAUAAACUUGGGAACUACAAAAAAGUUGGGAGGAAUAUUUUAUGGCUCUUUUGACAUUCGUAAUGUGUCAAGUCGUCUUCCUUUAGAUUAUUCAGUUGAAUGUUUAAGUGGUAAUAUAAUUCUGGAUUGUGCAGGAGGUUCGUUGGAAGGCUGGGAAUUAAAAGGCACCUCAGAAGUGGAAGUUCGUUUAUUUGUAGAUAAUGAAGAUCUUUGCUUUUUAACAAAAGAUAAUCAACAAUUAUUAAAAGGUAAUAAUAAUUUGGAGAGAGCAUUAUUAGACAAAGAAAAUGAUAAAUUAUCAUCCAUUGAAUGGAACAAUAUUUCAGUAACAAUCGCUGGCCCCUCUUCUGAAACACAAAAUUUUGACUUGGAUGUUUCUAAUUGUGAAAUGAAUUUGAAGGCGAUAAUUCAAAAAGGUUAUCAAGCAAAAACAGUCCCAUUAUAUGAACAAUGUAUUGAGAUAUCUAAUCAAUCAACAACAAAGACCUUAAAGAUAUUUCCAACUAGUGAUUUAGCUGUUCAAGUUCGAUGGGCUCCUUUUGGUGAAGUAAAAAUAAUUGAAAUGUUCGAUAAUGAAGUAUCGGAUAAAAGUCAAAUCCCAUUUAAGAUUUGUGGCAAAUUAAUUGAGCUAAAGCCAGGUAAUAAGGCCCACCUUUAUUUAAGUUGUCCACAGCCUAAUUUUUUAUCUUCAGAAGAAAUAAAUACGCUAGCAACAGGGCGUAAGGUUACUGUUAAAGGGACCUUAUUUUUGAAUGAUCAAAACCAAGAUAUGGUAGUUAAAAUGGUCAAUUUGAUAGCCGCCUUUUGUGUGCCUAAAGGUGAAAUUAAUAUCAACUAUAUAGAUCUUGGAAAAAUUGGACUUUCUAAUUCUUGGGCUGGCAUCAAAUUUCAAUUCACAUUGUGUAAUAUUUCUGAUAUUCCUCUAAAUUAUGAAUUGCAAAGCCCCGAUUGUAUAGAAAUUUUAGAUGUUAUUGAUGAUAGCUCAACUGAAGUAAACCAUAGUGUCGUCUCUUUAAAACAUAAGGUAGAACCACACAUUGAUCAGACAAUUACUGCUGUUCUCAAGCCUCAUAGAAUUGAAAAUUAUGCUCCAGGCGAACAAUUAUUUGUUGUAAACAUUUUGAAUAUGUUUAAUCCACUUAACAUCAUGACUUUGAAAGUUAAAGCAACACUUACAUCAUUUGAGCUUAUGUUUGAUAGAUUGAUACAAGGCGAUCUUGUACUUCCUAUCCUUUAUCAUCCAAUUUCCUUUUCUGAUCAUCCUUGUGAUGAAUGGUUUACAAUUUUCAAUAUAACAGACCAAGAUAUUCGCUUUGAGAUUGGUGCCGAGCUAGCGCCUGAUAUUUCAAGUUUUCUUAAAAUUGAAAUUCUUUCAAGAUUUUCUAAUACACCAUUAGUCGGAGGAGUUUCAAUUUGUGCACAUGGCUCAAUAGAAGUAAGAGUGCGUGCUUAUCCUAUUGAAACCAAAAGAAUUCCUCGUGAAUCAUUAUAUUUAACAAAUCAAGACGGUGUUACUUUUGGCAAAUUAUGGGUUGCUACUAAGCAGGCAAAUAAUGAAGAUGAUAAAACACAGAGGAUUGAAAAAACUAUAACUAUACGUGGUGUAAUUGCUGAAUCUGUUAUUUUUACUAUUUCACCCAAAAAACUAUUUUUUAAAACUGAAUGGAUUUCUUCAGAUAACGAACUUAAUAAUGAAAUUAUUAAAGGAACCAAUAGAUCAUUUCCAGGUAUUGGAAGCAAGACACAACUAUCACAAGAUGAUUCUUUAGAUAGUUACAGUACUGAAGAAGAUUUAAUUCAGAGAGACCAUCUUAUUAUUACAAACAUUUCUAGCAAGCUUCCGCUUUAUUUUAAGGUGCAAGUUGAAGGUCCAAUGGAGCUUUCUGUGAACGAUAUUAUUAAUAUAUUUCCUUUAGAUGAAAAUAAUUGUGGAGUUGUUGAGGCUAAACAAAAGCUUAUAUUGGGUAUCGAACUUGUUGAUACUUCAGCUGUUGUUUCUGAGGAUAUAAAAAUCCACAUAAUUGAUUUAAAAUCAUUAUCUGAACAAAAGAAAACAAUUGUUGUUAAAAUUGAAUCUGAUACAAGGGAGCAUCGCUCAAAAGUAAAGAAGGAACAUUGGGUUGAAGAAGGAGCCGAGACUAUAUCUGAACAAAAUAAUGAUACAGUUCUUAAACUCUUGGCAAAUUCAUUGGAUAAAUCACUUCAACACUUGGACCAUUCUCCAAGUUUGCCUUUUAUAAUUCUACGCGGUUGUAAAAGAAUUGGCGAAGUUACUGAAAUUGGUGGCAGGUAUGAAUUGGAUCUUGGGCAACAGGAUCUAGGUUCACCAACAAUAACAAAAAAACUGACCCUUGAAAAUUCUACGCACGAAAAAAUUUCAUAUCAUAUUAAAACUGUCUUUGCAAAUGAUAAGAAUUGGCUUAAUAUAAGUCGAAUUGAAGGCACAUUAGAGUCAUCAACAGGAGAACAUCAUCGUCAAUAUAACAAUGUCCACACUAUUACACUGAGUUUUUUAACAAAUACAAGGAAUGUAUAUUCGACUUAUGUGAUUAUUAAAAAUAUGAGCAAUCCUUCGGAUACAAAAACUAUACGCGUAAUGAUGGAGAUUGUAGCAAGACAAAAUAUAAAAAGAGGAGUCAAUGUAUCAUUGGAAAAUAAUAACGUUUUUGAUGUAUAUGUGAAUGGAGUAGAUAUUAGUCAAUCAUGGAUUGAAAUGCUUAAUCUUUUUUAUGGAACUGAAUACACUGCACGUAGCAUGGUCAUUUAUAAUAGAGAAAGUGUUCCUUUAGAAUUCACGUUUCAAACAAAUCUUGAUUAUGAUGAUCCAACAGAAAUAGUUUUUUCAACUUCAAGAAUGUCUGCAAAGUUGUUCAAAACACUAACAGUUGAGCCUGAAAGUAAUGUUAGAGUUUAUAUCUGUGUAAGACCACUUCCUUCUCAAACAAUACAAGAAUCACUUCAAUGUGGAGAACAAAGAGAUACCAAUUUGGUCGAAGAAAAAAACAUUGAAAUUUACGUAAAUUGCAGGCUUGUAAAAGAUUUCCAAAAAAUAAUAAUGUUAAAGGCUGAGUGUAGGAUGCCUUCUUUACAAGUUACUUAUUGUGAGAUGGAAGCUUUGAUGGGUAAAAUUCAUCAUAAUGAAUCUGAUAACAAAGAUGAAGAUGAAUGGAUUAUUAAUUUUGAUCCAGAAUAUCGUGAAAUAACAAUUACAAAUUUAUUAGAUUCUCCUUUGGAAUAUGAAAUUGUUAAUGAUACAAUGUAUUUUACUUUGGAAUUUUCAAAUAACAAAAAGAAAGUAGAUCCAAAGUCUUCUCACAAUGUUAUUGUUCGCCCAAAUCUAAAGAGUUUAGCUAAAAAUAUAGAAAGUGUCAGAAGAGAAAAAUAUAUUCAAGAAAAUAUGACAGUUUAUAAUCGAAAUAGACCUUCAGAAAAUUAUUGGAUACCGUUAAGAAUAAGUUUUGGAUAUAUAUCAAACUUUCAGUUGGCAUCUGGUUACAAAGUGUCAUACGCAUUUAGUGUUUUAGAAAAUCAUACUGUUUGUUUCUUAAGUGAUUUUAAUAGGAACAUACAACUCUUUGAUUUAUUAAAACAAAAACCUGAUGAGUUAGUAUAUUAUGCCACUAUUAAAACUGGCGAAAAUUGGUUUCAACUUGCUGGUUUACUUUUCGGGACAAUAUUAAGUAAUAAUAUUUUCCAGAAGCAUGGGCCUUUAUACCUUAAAAGAUCACAUGCUAACCAUACAUCAAAUAAUGAACAAGGAGUAUGGUCACCAGAAUUAGCAAAAUGGGUUGCAGCAUUAAAUUAUUUUAUAUCAUUUUUUCCAUAUCGAAAUCCAAUGCUUGAGACUUUAAAGGAACUUCAUAAAAAUAUGAUAAUAAUUCCACCAUCUGCAAUUUCAAAUUGA